AUGGGUAGCUCACUGUUAGCAGCGCGCCCUCAGGCUAUUCGGCGCUGGGCUUGUCCAGUUCUAUUCCUCAGUACCCUCGUCUUCUUCAUCCUUUUCCAUUCCUCAACCUUCAUCGCUUCCGCGUUCUCUCAAUCCAGCCCACACGAACUCUCCCGUCGUUCCCAAAUCCUCUCCAGAUGUGCAUACACACGCGCCAAACCCGGGCCUCCAUCCCAUUUCCAUGCCCGCACCUACAGCGACCGCUACGCAGAGAACACGAAACCUGUUCUCGUGCGCAACGCAACUAUCUGGACAGCCGCUAAUGAUGGGCACGAGGUUCUUACCGGCGACCUACUCAUGCACCGCGGUCUCAUAAAAGCCAUAGGUGAUGUUCCUCUUUCCCUGAUUCAGCAGCUCGAGUCGGAGAACGUGAAAUUGGAGGUUGUCGAUGCUCAUGGAGCGUGGAUCACCCCUGGUAUUGUGGAUCUGCACUCCCAUAUUGGCGUUGGCAGUGCGCCUAACCUAAGCGGUGCACGCGACACGAACUCCCACAAGGCACCCAUCUUGCCCUGGCUGCGUAGUAUUGACGGGCUGAACACCCACGAUGCAUCAUACGAACUCGCUAUGGCUGGGGGCGUCACCACAGCGCAAAUUCUCCCUGGGAGCGCAAAUAAUAUUGGCGGUCAGGCGUUCAUCAUGAAACUCCGCCCUACAGAUGAGCGUACACCUUCUUCCAUGCUCCUUGAACCUCCUUAUACCCUGAACGGCUCCCACUUUGACCACUCUCUCACACCUCGCUGGCGACACAUGAAGCAUGCAUGUGGUGAAAACCCCUCCCGUUCAUACGGCAACUCACGCCUUGACUCGGGAUGGAACUUCCGUGCUGCCUAUGACACCGCCCGAAAGUUGCGUGAUGCUCAAGACGCCUUCUGCGCCAAAGCAGAGUCUGAUUCCUGGGAUGACCUUACGGGGAAGACAUUUCCUGAAAACCUGCAAUGGGAAUCCCUCGUCGAUGUGCUCCGCGGACACGUAAAGAUCGCCGUGCACUGCUAUGAGGCGGUUGAUCUCGAUGGAAUCGUCCGCCUUACGAAUGAAUUCGAGUUUCCAGUAGCAUCGUUCCACCAUGCUGGAGAAACGUACCUCGUUCCGGAGCUGUUGAAGAAGACGUGGGGAGGCACACCUACCAUCGCGCUUUUCGCAUCCAACUUCCGGAAGAAGCGCGAAGCAUAUCGAGGAUCGGAGUUUGCUCCCCGCGUGUUAGCGGAGCAUGGAAUCGAUGUUGUUAUGAAGGUCAAUGUUGCCUUCUUCGCCUCACUCUCUUCUUUAUUUUAUGCUGCGCCAACACACCUUGUUACAUCACAUUCCGACCACCCCGUUAUCAACUCCCGUUACCUCCUGCACGAAGCUGCCCAAGCGCACUAUUAUGGCCUCGACCCCGCACUUGCCCUCCUCUCCGUCACCUAUACUUCUGCCACUGCCAUGGGGAUGGGCCAUCGGGUCGGAAUGCUCAAACCAGGGUACGAUGCUGAUAUUGUAAUUUGGUCCUCCCACCCGCUCUCGCUUGCUUCGACGCCCACCCAAGUCUAUAUCGACGGCAUCCCCCAGCUCUCCCUACCAGAACACUACAUCGCUAAGGGACCCACCACACCGCCGCGCAUACCCAAUUUCGACGCCGAGAAAGCAGCAACAGUCGCGUACGAGGGUCUUCCCCCGCUCGAGCCGCGCAGCGUAAAAGGGGCGCUGUUCGUGAAUGUCUCGGGGCUUUAUAUGAGAAGUGACGGCUCGGGUGGGGUGGCGUGUGUUUCCGAACAGGCAGGAUCAGUGGCCGUGGAAGAUGGCCGAGUAGUGUGCAUUGGUCAAUGCUCGGAUUUUACAGAGGGAGAUGUCGAAAUCGUCGACCUUGAAGGCGGUACGAUCACCCCUGGACUGACGAGUUUUGGUGCGCCGUUGGGCCUCGUGGAGAUCAGGCUUGAACCGAGCACGAAUGAUGGAAGGGUUCAUAACCCCCUCGAUGGGGAUCUGCCCACCGUGCUGGGUGACAAGAUAAUGAGGGCAAAGGACGGGCUGAUGUUUGGUGGCCGGAAUUUAUUACUCGCCUAUCGCAGCGGCGUCACAACUGCCAUCACUGCGCCCUCUGGGACCUUCCUGCAAGGCAUAUCUACUGCAUUCUCGCCUGGAGUUGCGCAUGCUCGAGUAGAAAACGCGAGCCUUGUUGAUGAGGUCGCGUUACAUGUUGCUGUGAGUAUGUCUUCAAGGGCAGGUGUGAGCACGCAGGUGGCAGCACUUAGGAGUAUGUUGUUCGGGAAGGGCGGGGACGAAGUGUUGAGGAGCGUUAGAAAGGGUAAAACAACGCUCGUGGUGGACGUCGAGAACGCAGACAUAAUGGCGACGCUGCUCCUGCUCAAGGAUGAGUAUGAAGCUCAUUCCAGGAGGGAGCUUCGUUUGACCUUUGUAGGAGCCACCGAGGCACAUCUCAUUGCGCACGAGAUUGCGAGGGCAGGCGUGAGCGUGAUCGUCACGCAGGGUAAGCCAUUCCCGUCAGCGUGGGAGCAGCGGAGGAUACUCGCUGGCCCGCCGAUCACGCAGGAGAACCUGGUCACUGCGCUCUUGAAGGCAGGCGUCAAUGUAGCCAUUGGUGUCGUUGACGAGCACGACGCCCGGAAUACACGUUUCGAAGUCGGUUGGUCCCUCCUCACAUCCAAUGGUGCUAUCGAUCGCACGACGGCUCUCGCGCUCGCCACGACAAACCUCGAGAAGGCGCUCGGCAUACGGAGGGAGAUGCCUCAAGACCUCGUUGCAUAUCGUGGUGGAGACGUGUUUGAGUUUGAAGCCAAGGUGGUGGGCGUUAUAUCGGAGACGUUGGGGUGGACAGAUUUGUUUGUGUGA